GUAGAAUAAUCUUUAUUUGGGCCCACCCAAUCUGAGCUGUAAGCAUGAUGUAAGCGUAAUUACCGCGCCACGCAUGACGCUCCAGCUAUAACCACGGAGUAUUAUUAAAACCUCACUCUCCCCCACUUUCUCUCUCUACUCUCUCUCUCUUAACCCCUGAGAUGGAGCCAUUACCACCGCCACCCUCCGCCACUCCUACCCCCACGGCCAUCUCCCCUCGCCCGCCGAUUCCCCCUUGCAAGCUCCGUCUGAUGUGCAGCUACGGCGGCCACAUAGUCCCCCGCCCCCACGACAAGUCUCUCUUCUACGCCGGCGGAGAGACUCGCAUCGUCGCCGUGGACCGCCGCACCGCCGCCGCGUCCCUAUCCGCACUCUCCGCCCACCUAUCCCGCGCCAUCUUCCAGAACCGUCCGUUCAAUCUCAAGUACCAGCUCCCGGACGAAGACCUCGACUCCCUAAUCUCCGUAAUCGCCGACGAGGAUCUCGCCAUCAUGCUGGAAGAGCACGAUCGAAUUACUCCGGCGGCACGAAUCAGGUUGUUCCUCUUCCCCGUCAAGCCCGAGUCCGUCGGUUCCGCCCUGCUCGAUCCGAAAUCGGAGUCCUGGUUUUGCGACGCUUUGAAAGGUACGCGGAUGCUGCAGAAGGGACAGUCCGCCGAUUGUGGUCUGUUGAUGGAAAUCGGGUCGGAUUUGGAUACUCCGGUGGAGAGUGGGGAUAACAGUGCCGGAUCCGAGGGUAAAUUGGGGGCUGAGUCGUUAAUUUUGGAAACGAGUUCCUCAUUCGGUUCGAUUAGUUCGUCGUUUUCGAUGUCUAAUUCGUCGCCCAUGCCCAUUGGCAUUGUCAAUUUCGACGAGAAGGGAUUGAAUUUGAAUUCGAAUUCGAAUUUGCUUGACGUAAAGAUCAAGGUGCCAUCAUCAGCCUCUGUUGAAAGUGAAAUUAGUGUCGGAACUGUAGCCGCUGCACCUAAAACUGGGAUUUUCCAAGAACCGCUAAUCCAAGUCGAUCCAGACCAAUCAACAGAAUACCCUGUUUCCGAUCCUUCAUUUAGUGUUAUGAAUCAGAAAACAUCUCAGGUACUUGGAUAUCCUCUAUCUCAGCUACCAGAUGGAAACAAGCAACAACUCGAAUCACAGUUCAUUCAAGGGGGUCUGCAGUAUGUACAUCAAUACGCGGGUCCCAUGCCAAUCUCGCCAUACUAUCCCAUGUAUCAAAUGCCGAUGCACCACCACCCACAGCAUAUUUCAGGCACACCAAAUCAGCAAUAUCCCGUAUAUUUUAUGCCUGUUCGACCGACUCAGUAUUAUAAUAUGCCGAUGCCCUCUAUCUCCUAUGAUGCAAAUCAUGCUAAUGCAUCAAGUCGACCCCCUUUGCAUCCUCUGUCUCCAGUUAUUGCUCAAACCGUGGACCAUAAAGAGGUAUUUGUAGGCCAAAUAGCUGAAUCAGGCAAAAAAUUAGUUACUAUGAUACCUUUUAAUCAAGAUCAGCUAGUUGUGGGGCCCACGGAGGACCAUAUUGCCUCGGAACAGGUUACAAAUGCUUCGGUGCUCUCUGCUGUUCAGGGCGGUGAAUUUGACGAAGAUAUUGCAUACAACCUAAUAUACAAAAGUCAGCCUUCACCGCCUUUAUUGCCUUCUCAGUACCAAAUGACGACAAAGGGAACACCCAUGCUUUCAGAACCUUCAGUGCAGCUAUUGCAUCCUCAAUGAUUCCACUGAACGAGGAUAAACUAUUGUUGGUGUUCUCUCUUUCUCUCUCCGGUUUUUUAAUGUUGGUCUGGAGUUGAAAAGCACUACGGAUGAGCUUUUCAAUUCUUGGUGGUGUCACUCUAUGGAGGAGUGAUCAAGAUCUUGAGAUUGAUUGGUGAAAAAUAUGACGAAAGUAUUAAGUCAAUAUUUUCGUUGUAUUUUGAAGUUUGAUUUAGUGAGAUAUAUACAUAUAAGGUGUAGAAGUCAACUCGACUUUUUAUACAAUUUAUUUAUUCAUUUGUUUUUUCCUCUACAUUUUUUCUCUAUGUUAUCUUAUGUACUGUUAUACAAAUGUACCAAGUUAUGUGAAAACUGUGUCCAGUGAGAGAGCAUAAUGUUAAUGAUUUGUUACAAUUAUUUCUUAAGGCUGACUAUUUGCCUUUUUUCUGUUA